AUGGUCAAAUUGGCAGGAUUAUCUCUUAAUGAACAGGAGUUCCUCACAGAUUCCCUAAAACAAGGUAUUAGAUCAGAUGGACGUUCGCUUGAUCAAUUUCGUGAUGUCGAAAUUACCCUUGGGGAUCAACCAGGUUACGUCGACGUGAGGCUCGGGAAAACCCGUGUGGCCGUGAGAGUCAGUGGAUCAAUAACCAAACCAUAUGAAGACAGACCAUUCGAAGGGAUUUUCACGAUUUCUACAGAAAUUGGCCCAAUUGCGGGUGCGUUUUUUGAAAAUGGUAGACCAUCGGAUGAAGAAGUGUUAGUGUCACGAUUGAUUGAAAAGGCCAUCAAGAGAUCGGGGGCGCUUGAUGUCGAAGGGCUUUGUAUAGUUGCUGGGGACAAGUGCUGGAACAUAAGAGCCGAUAUUCAUUUCAUGGACUUUGACGGGGGAUUCAUCGAUGCUAGUUGUAUUGGGGUGAUCACCGCGCUUCAACAUUUCAGUAGACCAGAAGUCACCGUCAGCGGAGAACAGGUGGUGGUUUAUUCUACCGAUGAAAGAGAACCGGUGAAAUUAUCGAUCUUGCAUGUGCCAAUCUGUGUGACAUUUGCGUUGUUCAAUCCAAAGGAAAAAGAAGAAAAUAUAAAAGGUGGAGCCGAUGGCAAUGAAGAGGCAGGAGAGUUUGCAAUUGUCGAUGCGACAAUGAAGGAAGAAGGUUUGAGUAAUGGAACGCUAACCAUCACUAUGAAUAAGAAUAAAGAAAUUUGUCAAAUAUCGAAAAGUGGAGGAUUGCCGGCGGAGGGGCUUAUGGUGAUGGAUUGUGCCAACAAAGCGUACGGGAUUGUUGAAAAAUUAACUGAUCAAAUCAAGGAGGUUUUGAAGCAAUGA